AUGGCCGUAAAGGAGAUCUACACCGAUUUGACCAUUAUUGGAGCUGGUCCUACCGGCCUUACCAUAGCUUUGCUGGCUCGCAAGCUGGGACUCAAUGUUUUCAUUGCAGACAAAGCACCAACCUCGCUUCCGGUUGGCCGUGCCGAUGCCCUCAAUGCAAGAAGUCAGCAAACGUUGGAAGUCGUCGGCGUGCUCGACAAACUGGAGCCCAAGGGUCUGAAGUGCAACACCAGCUCGACCUUCUCGGACGGCAAUUUCAUCUCGCGGCAGAACAAAUGGUGGGUCUCGCUGCACAACUGCUUCCGGCCCAACUUCCUCAUGAUCGGCCAAGCCGACGUCGAAGCCGCCAUGCACGAGAUGCUGGACAUCCCCUGCUACCACGACCACGAGGCCCUCAGCAUUGAGGAAUUCACCGAUGCCAACGGUGAGGACUUUGUGCGGACGACGUUCAAGGACAAGGUCGUCGUCAGCAAGUAUGCGGUAGGUGCGGACGGCGCGCGGUCCAUGGUGCGCAACCAGCUGCAGAUCCCCUUCGAGGGCGACAAGCCCAACAUGAACUGGCACGUCCUCGACACCUUCAUCGACACCGACUUCCCCUGCUGCCCGGAGAUCAUCACCUUCCAGGUGAACGGCCAGGCACGCAUUUCGUGGAUCCCGAGAGAACGUGGCAUGGCCCGCUUCUACACGCUGCUGGAGGACAACUCGCGCGCGGACCAGGCCCGCAUCGAGGCCGAGAUCCGCAAGUUCCUGGCGCCGCACCGCGUCGACUUCAAGGCGACCGAGUGGUUCAGCAUCUUCGAGAUCAAGGAGCGCGUCGCACGCACCUACUUCUCUCCCAAGCAGCGCGUCAUCCUGGCGGGCGACGCCGCACACAUCCACGCAGUAAACGGCGGCCAGGGCCUGAACACGGGCCAGGCCGACGCCUUUGCGCUUGCAUGGAGGCUCGCCCUCGCCGUCAAGGAGGGCUACCACGGCGUGCUGCAGAGCUACGAAGACGAGCGGCUGGCUACGGCGCGGGGAGUCAUCGAUGUUGCGGCCAAGUUGGUGAGGAGCACGGUCAAGACGGCGACCGAGUAUGUCGAGUUGAUUGAAAAGAACGCAAACUACAUCACCGGAAUGGGCGUCACCUACGAAAGCAACACGUCAGUCAUCCAGGGCGAGCCGGCAGGCAUUUUCAUCCCUGGCCACCGCACUCCCGACAUCUUCCUGCACGCAAGCGAGAACGACGAGGGUCAGCGCCUGUACGCAGCACGCUCGUACGGCAAGUUCCUCGUCCUCUCGCUACGGGGUGCCUCCUGGAGCCCUCCUUCGGCGCCGUGGGCGGACUGGGUGGAGACUUGGGAUGUGUCUGGCAGUGCGGAGCCGAAGCCGGAGGUUGCGCAGAAGUUUUCGAAGAUGACCAACGUCGGCGUCACCAACGACAAGCCCGUAGAGAUCGGAGAGGCCGACUUCGUCGUAGUGAGGCCCGACAUGUACACUGGCUACGCGGGCAAUGACGUGCGCGGCUAUUUCGAGAAGGUCUUCAGCCAAUAG